AUGUUUUUAUUGCUUUUAGUUUUAAUCCAAUCGUCGUUAGGUAGUCAUUCAUAUUUUCAAGGAGUUGAACUUCUCUCUGACGUGAACUACACACAAGGUUUUAGCGUUAUUCCAGCCUGUUUUGUCAAUCCAGACGCAUGCGCCAAAGGACCUCAAUUUCGUUUAUAUAAUCCAUUUUCCACUGCACCAAAUGCAAGUGCAUCAUGGCAAAUGGCACAAUGGGAUAGCCACUCAAAUAUAUCUACGAAUGGCACAUUUGUUCACGAUGGAAAGAUUGAAGGUAUGCAAUGGUUGUCAGAAGAUAAACGUUUUAUACUUUUCCAAGACAGUCGUUUACAAAUAUCAGUCAACGGAUACCACGAAUAUCAGGGUAAAUACAGAACACCAGAUGAGCCAUGGGUGGCGCUUUUAAUACAACAAAGUAUCGGCAAAUCAGCUGGUUCUGUAUCAUUAAAUCAGGUUACUGAACUACGAUGGAAUUUAGAUAUUCAACUUUUAUAUAUGGAUCAACACAUUCAACCCGGCUACAAUCCGAAUAUUCAUGCAGGACAAUUUCCUCUAUACAUGACUAUUCAAAAUUUAUCUCCAGGUGAUCCAGAUUAUGGAAAAUACUUUUGGCUAGGAAUUUGCCUGUAUGAUGAUCGUUUCCCGAUGAGUCCUUUAUAUGUCAAUGGCGACAAAGGUACAGGAGCAUUAAUAUAUCAACCUGCCUUUUCAAAUUUUGCGAAUGUAUCUGUACAAAAUGGAAGUAUUGUACACGUUACUGGAAAUAUGAUGCCAUUUGUUCGAUUAGGACUUGAAGCAGCUGUUGAACGUGGAUUUCUAAAUUCAACUGAUCUUAGCAAAUAUUAUGUCGGAGGAAUGAACAUCGGAUGGGAAGUGACUGGAUUAAAUAAUGGUACCAUUGAAAUCGGAAAUUUCAGUUUGAAACAGUAUACAGCACAAAAUCCGAAAUCAUAUGAAUUUAAUCAAGACGGAGAUACAGAAGGAUGGAAACUUGCUUUUAAUUCAAAUGCAAGUGGAAGCAAUCCUUCCAAUGGCAAAUGGAUUUUAUCCUUGCCGAAUGAAUAUUCAUAUGUAUCAAGUCCAGAAGUUAUGAUUGAUGCAUCAGUAGUAAAGAAAGUCAUAAUUCGUACUAAUUAUAACAUGUUGCAAUUACACUGGACUAGAAAUCAUAAAGAAUUAUUCAAUAAAAACGAUCGUUUUCGAAGUGAAUUGGAAAAUGACGGAAAGUGCAAAGAACAUAUCUUGGACUUAUCGAAUCAUCCUCAUUGGUAUGGUAUUGUACGUCGAUUCCGGAUUGACUCUGUGCGACAAGACAAUACUACCGACUUUAUUAUUGACUAUAUUCGAUUUUCCCCUUCGUAA